AUGAUCACAUCGCAGCGACUGUCCCUCCUCGUCGGCCUCCUCUCCUUCCUCUACGUGUGGUUCUGGCGAGAGCCUUCCACCCCCGCCUGGAAUCCACAGACACCCCUUCCCUUUCCCGAGACUCACUACGCUCAGGCAGCUGGCUGUGUACAGCAGACGUACUGUCCUGCCUCCAACAUUGUUGGUCUUGAGGUGGGAGAUGCGCAACUCAUCUGGACAGUGGGUGACUCGGACGCACAGCAGCGUGUCAAUAUAUACCGGUCCGCUUCGCUGGGUCUAGUGGUAGCAUAUGCGGGGACCAAUGUCACAUCCAAGACGUCCAUGGCAAUCAACAAUGAUUAUCUCCUGGACAAGGCAGAUCCACUACUGGGUCUACCGGCCGGUGUCAAGGUAGAGGGGGGAGCGCAAAGGGCCUGGAAGCUUCACUGGGAUGAGGUCCUAGAGGCUGUCCAAAGGGAAGAGCCGCACGACCCGGCCGGCAGGAUCACCGUCACGGGUCACUCAAUGGGCGCUCAGCUGGCCAUUAUCGCCUCUGUCGCGCUGGAAAAGUUGUACAAGGAGCGCGUCUAUGUUCUCACUUUCGGCCAGCCAAGAGUGGGCAAUCGCGCCUUUGCAAACUAUAUAGAUUCCACUUUCCAUCCCAAUGCCGCCUUCACCUCCUCCAACUCCUCUGGCAGCUCCACCCUCCCCCCACACCUCUCCUACGUAGCAAAUGGUCACGACUACACUGCCAGCCUCCCUCCCAAGAUCCUAGGGUAUCGUCACUUCUCUGGGCAAGUCUUCAUUUUCCCUGCCAAUUCAAGCACAUAUAGAGUGCUUCAAGGGCAAGAGAAUAGAGAUGGGACUGCCAGUAUUUGGUGGGCGGGGUAUAGCAUGGACGAUCAUCAAGGAGCAUUCAUGGGCACGACGCUGGGUGAUAUACAUGCUUGUCCCGCUAGAGUGGGAGAUAGAUUUUAG